CAAAGCGCAUCUAGGCAUACACCAUGACAGGAUGGAAUUUACGUGAGGAUGACGCAAAUUGCAGAUUUCACCUACUCGGUUUCCACGAAUGUUUAUCUAUGGUUCAGGAGCAAGCAACAAACAUAACGUACCUUCCCCCCGGUUCGAGUUAAACACACUUUGAUCGUCCCGAGUACAUUACCCCUAAGUACAAACUCAAACCUGAACCUGAACAACAACAAAGUCCCCAACUAUUGUUAACUAUUAUUGAUAUCCAACUAUGUCGGGUCCGCUGGGAGAUCUUGCUCAUGCCAUAACCUCGCCUUUCCGAUCGAGUAAGCAUGAAACAGAACCAAGUACUCCGGAGAAGGGAAAGUCAGCACAACGUACAGAGGCUAAACAGCAGGAGAAGCUUGAGAAAUCCGAGCGGCGACAGCAGGACAAAGAUGAAAUAGAACAGCGACGACGACAAGAAGAUGAGAUAGCAGAGCAAGAAGAAGACGAAGAAACCAAGGCUCGUUAUGGCGAAAAUGUUCACCCCCAUGAGCUAUGUUCGCUUGAACGGAUCGUCGGCCUACCAGAAGGGUCCGAGGUUAACUUCCGCGCAAGAAUACAUACCCUGAGGCGGCUAUCUCAAGCCCUGACCUUCUUGUUAUUCAGGCAUCAGACAGAUUCCAUCCAGGGUGUCCUCUCACACGCAUCGCCCCAUAUGAUCCGAUGGGUACAGCGGCUUAACCCUGAAUCUCUCGUUCACGUCACGGGCACUUUGCAGAAACCAAAAGAGCCCGUCACGUCUGCGACGUUUUCAGACAUAGAGGUCCUGGUCUAUUCUAUACAUCUUGUCAACCCGGCCAAUGACCUACCUUUUGACAACUACCAACCGCCUGACGCGCUCCGUCAACGUCUGUCUGGACGUGUGGUGGAUCUCCGCCAUCCAAGCAACCAGGCUAUAUUCCGAAUUCGAUCUAUGAUCGUUCGGAAGUUCCGGGAGUCCUUAGAGGAUCAGGGUUUCUUGGAGAUCCAAACACCUAAGCUACAACCUGCUGCGACUGAGAGCGGCUCGGAAGUCUUCAAAGUGCAAUACUUUGGGAGAACAGCAUUCCUAGCGCAAAGUCCGCAACUACCCAAACAGAUGGUCAUAUCGGCUGAUUUUAAGAAAGUGUACGAGAUCGGUCCUGUGUUUCGCGCAGAGAAUUCAAAUACGCAUCGGCACUUGACGGAAUACACUGGGCUAGACAUCGAGAUGUCUUUGAAAGAAUCCUACAGGGAGCUUAUAGAGACCAUAGACAAAUUCCUCAGAGCGAUUUUCACUGCGGUGCAAUCUAUGCCUGAGCUAAAUAACGUCCGGGAGCGGUGGCCUAGCAAGGAUCUUGUCUGGUUGGAUGAGACACCGAUUAUCCCUUUCACUGAGGGGAUUCAAAUGCUCCGAGAUGAUGGUAGAGAAGUCGAGGAAGAGGAUCUGUCUACACGAGACGAGAUGCGUCUCGGCGAACUCGUCAAGGAGAAGUACCAGACCGACUACUACGUCUUAGAUAAAUUCCCAGCCAACGCUCGGCCGUUUUACACUCAUAAAGCCGAGGAUCCGAAAUGGACUAACUCGUUCGACAUCUUUCUACGUGGCCAGGAGAUUUGCACUGGUGGACAACGCAUACAUGAUGCCAAAGAACUUCGCGCAAGUAUGGCGGAAUCAAAAAUCAGUGAGCAGGGAAUGGAAGAGUACUUAAGCGCAUUCGACCUUGGAGCACCACCUCACGGCGGAGCUGGUUUGGGCCUGGAACGGAUCGUGAUGCUGCUUCUUGAGCUGGACGAUGUAAGAAACGCAUCGCUUUUCCCACGCGAUCCUAAGUCACUGCCUGCUGGCCCUCCAAUGCUUCCUCACCCAGACGCAAACACCUUAGCGCCACGAGGUGCACAAGAUGAAUAUCCCCCUAUCGAGAAGCUCAUCGCCAAUUACGGCGAUGCCACUAACACAUCCUGGCUCGACGAGCGAUUUGAAAUUUGGCGACAUCCGACCGGAGCAGCUGUAGGGUUCGUCAGGCAAGCAGGCAAGUUCGCCAUGAUAGCUGGCGACCCACUUUGUGAUAGGAAACAAUAUCACGACGUCAUCACAUCCUUCGUCAAUUUUGUGCGUAAGGAUCUUCAUCUCACACCCGUAUGGAUGCUCGUCUCCGAAGAAGUUCAACAGGUCCUAGGCACGAAAAUGCGCUGGCGAACACUUAGCUGCGCGGAGGAGCAACGUGUCGACGCUGAUCAACACCACAACACGUCCAAGGGCCGCGAAGCGCGCCGCGUCCAAUGCGAAGGCAUCACUAUUGGCGAAGUCGUCGAUCCCGACGAAAACUUUAUGCGCCGCGCCGACAACGCGAUCCGCGAGUGGCAGGCCGGGCGCAGGAGCAAGGGAAAGCAAGUCCAUCUCACCGAGGUCCGACCAUGGGUAGACCGCGAACAUAGACGUUACUUCGCCGCUGAAAAGGAGGGCGCCGUCCUCGGGCUCGUCGUCCUAGCGCAGCUGGCGCCCCGGCACGGGUGGCAGGUCAAGUGGGCGUUCGACUUCCCAUCCGCGCCGAACGGCACCAUAGAGGUCCUCGUCGAAACCGCGCUGUCCGCGCUCUCUGGCCCCGUGACCUUCGGCGCGGGCGUCUCGGAACGGCUGACGCCCGGCGCGCAGCUUAGCGGAGUAAGGGCUAAGUUUCUGGCGAAUACGUACGAUAUUAUUGUAAGGAACCUUAGACUAGGGGGUAAGGCGAGGUUCAGGGAGAAAUUCGGCGCGCUGGGUGAGCAGGUUUACAUCUGUUAUCCGAGACAUGGAUUGGGGGUGCGAGAUUUGCAACAGAUCGUGAAGUUCUUUGAGGAUUAAGAUGGUGGGUAAUGAGGUUGAUUAGAGAUCCCCCUUUUCUUCCGAUGCCUUGGCGCUCCUAGGGGUUGUGGAAUGAUCAAUUGUGGUCUUCCAGAACUAUGUGGUUUUCUUUCAGGAGUUGGGUACGUCUAUCAUCACAUUAUGUUCUAUAAAUAUCGUUUAUUUCCAAAGUGAAGUAUAAGUCCCGAUGCUCGCUUUCGAUAAAGGUCUGCAAGUAAGCUGGAGUACCUUAAGAAUAUGUUCCCAUGACCUUCGGCAUGUAUGAGGCUCUAACAAGCAGUUCGGUUCCGGGUUUCCGUCACAAGCUCGUUCCAAGGUAGAUUCUCACAUCCUUACUUCCAUCCCAAAAUGGACUAUAUUUCAUUAUACGAUCGACGAACUAUGACGAUAUCAAUAUACUAAAGAACUUUGCCAUGUGCUAAUAGAGCUGAAAACCCUAGGCUGGAUGCGCAGGGCUUCCUAGACAAUUACGAAUUACGUUCCACAGACGAACCCCGAGAUUCCGAGCUGAUGCAGGUAAAAUGCAACAAUCGCGGGCUGGAGAAGGGGAUGUCAGCAAGGUUCGUAUAUGAUAUCUGAGAGGUCAGUUUUGUGCCGUGUUUCCGUGCCGGUGAUUUGUAUGCACCAUGUACGAAAGAUC